AUUCAUUUCCAGAGUAACUUUCGUGCCGCUCGGGUUGUUUUUGUGCGUCGUCCGUCGCCCAGUUGCUCAGUUGCUCAUUCGCCCCGUUCGCCGCUCGUUCGAUCGCUCUCGCCACUCGCCGCGUUCGCCGAUAAGCAAGCAAGCACCAGCGCAAGCCAAUAACAACAAUCAAUUCGCCGUCGCCAAACCGAAUCAAAUCAAAUCGAAGCAAACUAAACCAAUCAAACACAAAUAAACAAAUAUCAACACGAGAAGCUAUAGCUAACACAGCUAUAGAGAAACAAAGAGCCCCAGAGGAGAAUACUAAGUAAUACAGAGAGAUAUAUCCUUUUGGAUAUAACGCAGUGCCAAGUGACGAGAAUCUGUUUUUUUACCGUGUUGCCAGUGCUAAACCAUAAACAUCGCCCAAAAAACAUACAUCUCUGGAAUACAAUAUUUAUAUAUAUAUAAAUAUACAUAUAUAUCUUUAUAUAUAUGCAUGUGUAAAAUAUACUCAUGCCAUAACCAUAUAGUAGUUGGAUCCGAAAACAAGUCACCAUUGGAAUACAGCACCGUUUUGCUUCUAGUUUUGUUUGUGUUUUUUUUUCGAUCCUACUGAAAGGACCUAGAGCGCACUAACCAGCGAUUAUCGCUCUACUUGACUAUCGAUCGGAAUACGUGAGUGACCUGGUGGAUAGAUCCAGCCAGUUCCAGCUCCAGCUCCAGCUUCAGCUACAGAUACAGAUACGGAUACGGAUACGGAUUAUAGAAGCCUGAGGCCAGUGGAGACACACAGCUUCAACGUGGCGCUGCACUCGACCGAGGCCUUAAUGGCGGCGGGCUUCCUCAAAUCGGGCGAUUUGGGCCCCCAUCCGCACAGUUACGGGGGUCCGCAUCCGCAUCAUUCGGUGCCGCACGGACCCCUGCCGCCCGGCAUGCCCAUGCCAUCGCUGGGGCCCUUCGGCCUCCCACACGGACUGGAGGCCGUCGGGUUCUCCCAAGGUAUGUGGGGCGAUCUAUGCUAUCCAGGCGUCAACACACGAAAACAGCGUCGCGAACGCACCACAUUCACACGCGCCCAAUUGGAUGUUCUGGAAGCGCUAUUUGGCAAGACCCGUUAUCCGGACAUAUUCAUGCGCGAAGAAGUGGCGCUCAAGAUCAAUCUGCCCGAAUCUAGAGUACAGGUGUGGUUCAAGAAUCGCCGCGCCAAGUGCCGCCAACAGUUGCAGCAGCAGCAGCAGUCGAAUAGCUUGAGCAGCUCGAAGAAUGCCAGCGGUGGCGGCAGCGGCAACAGCUGCAGCAGCUCCUCGGCCAACAGUCGCAGCAAUAGCAAUAAUAACGGCAGCAGCAGCAACAACAACACACAGAGCUCCGGCGGCAAUAACAGCAACAAGUCGUCGCAAAAGCAGGGCAACUCACAGUCCAGCCAGCAGGGCGGUGGCUCCUCCGGUGGCAAUAAUAGCAACAACAAUUCGGCAGCAGCGGCAGCCAGUGCAGCGGCAGCGGUGGCAGCGGCCCAAUCGAUUAAGACGCACCACAGUUCCUUUUUGAGCGCCGCAGCGGCGGCAGCAUCGGGCGGUACAAAUCAGUCGGCCAACAAUAAUAGCAACAACAACAACCAAGGCAACUCAACGCCGAACAGCAGCAGCAGCGGCGGCGGCGGCGGUAGCCAAGCGGGCGGACACCUAUCCGCGGCAGCAGCAGCGGCUGCCCUAAACGUGACCGCCGCCCAUCAGAACUCCUCGCCACUGCUGCCCACGCCGGCCACGUCCGUCAGUCCGGUGAGCAUCGUUUGCAAAAAGGAGCACUUGUCCGGCGGCUAUGGAUCCAGUGUGGGUGGCGGCGGCGGCGGCGGUGGCGCCUCAUCCGGCGGCCUCAAUUUGGGCGUCGGCGUCGGCGUUGGCGUUGGCGUCGGUGUGGGCGUAUCGCAGGAUCUGCUUCGCUCGCCCUAUGAUCAGCUAAAGGAUGCCGGUGGUGAUAUUGGUGCCGGAGUGCAUCAUCAUCACAGCAUCUAUGGCUCGGCCGCCGGCAGCAAUCCGCGCCUGCUGCAGCCGGGUGGCAAUAUCACACCGAUGGACAGCAGCAGCAGCAUCACCACACCAUCGCCGCCCAUUACACCCAUGUCGCCGCAAUCGGCGGCCGCAGCGGCCCAUGCCGCCCAAUCGGCCCAGUCCGCCCACCAUUCUGCCGCCCAUUCGGCCGCCUAUAUGUCCAAUCAUGAUUCGUAUAACUUCUGGCACAAUCAGUACCAGCAAUAUCCGAAUAACUAUGCCCAGGCGCCCAGCUACUACUCACAGAUGGAGUACUUUAGCAAUCAGAAUCAGGUCAACUACAACAUGGGCCAUUCGGGCUACACGGCCUCCAAUUUUGGUCUGUCGCCAUCGCCAUCCUUCACGGGCACCGUGUCCGCGCAGGCCUUCUCCCAGAACAGCCUGGAUUACAUGUCGCCGCAGGAUAAGUACGCGAAUAUGGUGUAGAAUCUACUCUUCCAAUACUGCAGCGGUGGCAGCAACAACAACAGUUCAGCGGGGGCAAGUGGUUCGGGUUCGGGUUCGGGUUCGGGUUCGGGUUCGGGUUCGGGUUCUGGUUGUGGAUCUGGUUCUGGUUCUGGUUCUGGUUCUGGAUCGGGGAGCAAUAGUUCUCCCCAGCUGGAGCAGCACCAUCAUCAGCAGCACCAGCACCAGCUACAGCAGCAUCAGCAUCACCAGAAUCAUCACCAGAAUCAACACCAGAAUCACCACGGCCAUCAUCAUCAUCAGCAGCAACACCAUCAUGAUGAUGAACAGCGACAGGAUAUAGGGCAUCAAGGAGAUCAGCAGCAACUGGAUCAUACGUUCGGUUAAGAUUGAUAUAGCGAGUAUAGAGCCACAUGGAUACAUAUCUACAGCCCACAUAGAUACAGCCCCCGACACUCCGCUGCAUUCUCAGAACAAAUUCGAAGACACACCGACCGUAGAUACACUUCCUUUGCGAUCGUAUUUGUUGGAAAUAGGAAAUUCAAGUUCUCAUUGAUUUCGAAAGACUCUUCUUGACUCGUAUAAAUUCAGAGUGAUAGAUAUAUAGAUUUCUCACAUUAUUGAUUGUUAGAUUAAUUAUUAAAUUUCAUAUUGAGGCAUUUAGAUUUCAAUAUCAAUAUCGUACAUGGUUAUUUAUAGAUUCAAGAAAAUUCUUUUAAGUCUCAAACUUUCGAACAUCCAAUUUAGCAAUGCCAACUAUGAUCGCGAAAUGGAAUGCACCGCGUUGGAGGUCUAUUUCCAUUCUUUUUUUUUUUUUUUUUGUGUAGUUAACAAGAAUUUUUUUUUAAAUAUAUAUAUAUAUAUAUGUAUUAGAAGCGUGUGUAAAAAGCGGGGGGAGUUACAAGUUUAUACAGCCCAAACAUAAACGUAAAUCUAUAACUAAACAUAGGUAUUAUAGGCCUAGCUUAAGCCGCCAGGAUCAACGAAGUAAAUGAGUGAUAAAUCAAGGAAAAAAAACCGAUGACAAACAUUUGUUAAAAUCCAGAGAGUAAAUGCAUGCGAGGAUUGCGAAAAGUGGGGCGUUAAUUGUAAGUUGGCAGGAGAGUUUUUAAAUGCAAUACGUAGACCAUUACGUGGUACAGCCAGGGGGGCGUUGGGUGGCAAUCAACCCAAAAAAAAAAACGUAUGGGGACAUUUGGGGAUCGCCAGUAAGAGGAGAACAGAGCUGCACCACCAACACCACCACCACCAUAGAACUGGUGGUUUGGACCAGCUCAGCAUAUCAUAAAGCUAAAACUUAAUUCCAAUUUCAAGUUCUUUAAACCAAACUAAGACAUAACAUUAUGAAAACAAAAAAAAAACAAGAAAAGGAAAAAAGAAUGUUUAAAGUUCAAAUCAUCAUUUUGUCGUCUUUAUAUAAACAAACUAAAUGAAAAACAAAAACGAAAUCGAAAAAAAAACAAGAAUAUUUAUACAUAAUAUAUAUAUAUAUAUAAAUAUAAAAGAUAUAUAGAGAAUACAAACCCAAAUCAGCUAAAACGAAUUAACAUUUCAGACUUAAAAAGCAUAAAAUAAUAUGAAAACGAAGGGAAUUCCCAACUAAGGGAAAGAGUAUUUAGCAACUAAGCGACUCGAAAUGAUAGAAAUGACGAAGGCAAAUGAUAAAUGAUGGAACUCCACACAUGACGAUUGAUAUAAAUUAUAUAUAGGAAAUUUUAUUGCAAAUAAAAAACAAGCCACAAUCCAAAAGCGAAACAAAAACAACAGCAAGAAAAUAUUUAUGAAAUAAUUUAACGUAAUUUUUAAAAAAUGUACAAAACCUAAAAAAAAAAACACAUGAAAAAUUCUUGGUAAAUAUAUAUAUAUAAUGAUAUAUAUGUGUGUGUGUAAAUGUUCUUCAUAAAGUACGAUAAAAGAUUUAUAAAUAUAUAUAUAUAAAUAAAUAACGAACAACUUUUGUAAUAUUAAAACACACACGACACAGACAGACCCACAAACAAAAGUUAGUUCAAUGGAGUUCUUCUGGAAUUUUUUGUUUAGUUUUAAUUUCAAUUUAAUUGUAAUUUAAGCUUAACAAUUUGUUUAAAAAACACAAUCACACACACACACCACACACACACACACACAACGACAAAACAACACACACAUACAGACCACACACUCAUAAGCGAAAAGCAUGUAAGGAAAAUCGAAGAAUAUUUAGCAUUUAAUUCACUUAAUCUAAGAACAUUUUUUUUCCGCGGGAUACAUUUUAAGCGAAAAACGAUGUAAACGAUGAUCUGGAAGCAAGAGAAAGAUAAACAAAAUUAGUUAUUAAUAUUUAAGAGCGGAUCUAUAUACAGCAUAUAUAAUUAUAUAUAUGAUCCCUAUAUAUAUAUAUUAUAUAUAAUUAUAUGCUAACGUUUAAGCAAACUGGUUAAUUCUUUUUUUUUUUUAAUUAUAAAACCGAAAGAAAAACUAAAAUAAUUGUAAAAAGUUCACAAAAAUAUGAUCAGAUGAAUAAUAUAUAUAUAAAGAAAAAAAAAACAUAAG